AAAGGAAAAUUUGAGCCCAACGCAUCUCGUGCAUUUCUAUGUGUCACCUUCAGUGUCAGAACUUCAGAGAUAUUCUAGGAGUUUGCAGAAGAACCAAACUGAAUUAAUUGUCAACCAGUUGUUCCUGGUGCCUUUUUCUUCUUGGGUGAAGAUAAAACAACUGGCACUGGAAUUUAAAAGUGACAAAUGAAAUGAUACAUCUGGGAACACAAGUGAUCAGACUUUGUGUUUUGCUUCAAUUCUUUCUAAUUGCAGUGAGAAGCAAACAGCUAACUGUGUUCCAAACACCACCAGAAAUCAGAGUGCUGAAGGGGGGCAUUGCACAAAUAAAUUGUUCAUACAGUGAUACAGAUGAACAGUGGAGGAUUAUAUGGAAGAGAAACACCAGUGAAGAACCAUUCUGUCAACACCUGGAAAAUAUAAACAAUUUUACUUCUCUCGGGCAUUGUGCAGAACAUGCGAACAUUACCGUGGACCUCUCAACAAAAUCCUCAUUGUUAAUAAUCUAUGAUCUUCAUUUAAAUGACUCCGACAUUUAUUUCUGUGAAGUUUCUUUUGAAAUACCUCCCCCUCCACAAAAGAAAGUAGGUAAAGGUACAUGCAUUGCAGUGGAAGCUGCUCCCACUGUCCAGUUACGAGCAGAGACUCUGCCUUACUCCAAUGAAGAUCUACAGCUAAUCUGCACAUCACUGGAGUUCUAUCCUGAGAACAUUCAAGUAUCCUGGUUUAAAGAUGGACAGUUAAUCACCAAUGGCACUAAGAAUGGGACCCUCUAUGCUAACAGUGAUGGCUCAUUCUCCAUGACAAGUUUCUUGAAUCUUUCUAUAUUUGACUGGAAUGAAGGUGGAAAUUAUUCCUGUCAAGUGAACCAUUCAACACUGUCUGCACCAAUCACUGAAAGGAUUUCUGUUAGUGACCAGGGUUCUGCCAGUGAUAAACAAUUGUGGAUAAUACGAAUAGUUAGCAGUCUAAGUGCACUGAUGGUGCUUGUGGUUGUUGCAGUACAUUGUACGUGUUCAAUUUCAAAAAAAAUAGCUUCAUCGUCAAAGAAAAGAGCCAUGCCUGAAAGUGAUCAAAGUGCAAGACAGCAGUCUACCUAUGUUGAUAAUGUUAUCUACUCACUGCUUGGCCAAGAGCACCCUUAUGAUAUAUGA